GGGAGCGGGAGGCCCCCGGACCAUCUUAAACCUGCUGCCUCCCGUUGCACGGCUUGGAGCGAGAGAGGGGCUGCUGGGUGGUCCUGAAGAAUUAGCAGCGAGGGACAGCACACGCACACACACAGCAUCUUCCUAGGAGACCCGGGCGCUAGAGCUUAGUUAUGAGCCAUCUCCCUGCACCUAUAUCUGCCUAGCUUGGUACCCCAGACUGUGAUGCUCAGAAGGAACCCAUGGCUGUCCAUUUUCCCCGCUUAAUUUUGUCCUCCACCUUGGGGAGCUGGGAGUGAAGCUGGGCGUCGGAAGAUCUGGGUUCUAUUCCUUGCUGAGCUGCUGUGUGACCUUGGUGACCCAGAAGGGGCCCAGCUGAGAACCGAGUGCCCGCCGUCGCCCUGCAGCCAUGGAGGGCGGCAUGCAGCUCCUCAACCGGGACGGCCACAGCAUCUCCCACAAUUCCAAGCGGCACUACCACGACGCCUUCGUGUGCAUGAACCGCAUGCGGCAGCGGGGCCUGCUGUGCGACAUCGUGCUGCAUGUGGGCACCAAGGAGAUCAAGGCCCACAAGGUGGUGCUGGCCUCCUGCAGCCCCUACUUCCACGCCAUGUUCACAAAUGAGAUGAGCGAAAGCCGCCAGACCCAUGUGACACUGCACGACAUAGACCCGCAGGCCCUGGAUCAGCUGGUGCAAUAUGCCUACACUGCAGAGAUCGUGGUGGGUGAAGGGAACGUGCAGACGCUGCUUCCAGCUGCCAGCCUCCUCCAGCUCAACGGCGUGCGGGACGCCUGCUGCAAGUUCCUGCUGAGCCAGCUGGACCCGUCCAACUGCCUGGGCAUCCGGGGCUUCGCCGACACGCACUCCUGCAGCGACCUGCUCAAGUCCGCCCACAAGUACGUCCUCCAGCACUUCGUGGAGGUGUCCAAGACGGAGGAGUUCAUGCUGCUGCCGCUCAAGCAGGUGCUGGACCUCAUCUCUAGUGAUAGCCUCAACGUGCCGUCCGAGGAAGAGGUGUACCGGGCCGUGCUGAGCUGGGUCAAACACGACGUGGACAGCAGGCGGCAGCACGUCCCCAGGCUCAUGAAGUGCGUCCGGCUGCCCCUGCUGAGCCGGGACUUCCUGAUGAGCCAUGUGGACACGGAGCUCCUGGUCCGGCACCACUCGGAGUGCAAGGACCUGCUGAUCGAGGCCCUCAAGUACCACCUCAUGCCGGAGCAGAGAGGGGUCCUCGGCAACAGCAGGACCCGGCCCCGGCGGUGCGAGGGGGCUAGUACCGUGCUCUUCGCCGUGGGUGGGGGGAGCCUGUUCGCCAUCCACGGGGACUGCGAAGCCUAUGACACGCGGACGGAUCGGUGGCACAUGGUGGCCUCCAUGUCGACCCGGAGGGCCAGGGUGGGCGUGGCUGCCAUCGGAAACAAGCUGUACGCUGUGGGCGGUUACGACGGGACCUCCGACCUGGCCACAGUGGAGUCGUACGACCCGGUUACCAACUCCUGGCAGCCAGAGGUGUCCAUGGGCACCAGGCGCAGCUGUCUGGGGGUGGCGGCGCUCCACGGGCUCCUCUAUGCAGCGGGGGGAUAUGACGGGGCCUCAUGUCUGAACAGCGCCGAGAGGUAUGACCCCCUGACGGGCACCUGGACCUCGAUCGCCGCCAUGAGCACCAGGAGGCGAUACGUCCGGGUGGCCACACUAGAUGGCAAUCUCUACGCCGUCGGGGGAUAUGACAGCUCGUCCCACUUAGCCACGGUGGAGAAGUACGAGCCGCAGAUCAACACAUGGACCCCAAUCGCCAACAUGCUGAGCCGCCGGAGCAGCGCCGGUGUGGCCGUGCUGGAAGGGAUGCUCUACGUGGCCGGCGGCAAUGAUGGCACCAGCUGCCUUAACUCCGUGGAGCGCUACAACCCGAAAACCAACACCUGGGAGAGUGUGGCCCCCAUGAACAUUCGGAGGAGCACCCACGACCUGGUGGCCAUGGACGGGUGGCUGUACGCGGUGGGCGGGAACGACGGGAGCUCCAGCCUCAACUCCAUCGAGAAGUACAACCCCCGCACCAACAAGUGGGUGGCGGCCUCGUGCAUGUUCACGCGGCGGAGCAGCGUGGGGGUGGCGGUGCUGGAACUGCUCAACUUCCCGCCCCCCUCCUCGCCCACCCUCUCCGUGUCCUCGACGAGCCUUUGACAAAGAAUCCAGUCGUACCUUACCUCCAGGGGGCAGCAGCGGGUGGAGGAGCGCACGGCCACCCUGGCCUGACCCCUGUAGCAGCCAGUCUCUGUAGACCGGAGCGGGGGGGUCCCAGCUGCUGCCUCCAGCCCCGGCCCACAGCAAUUCCGUGGGCCCCUCGGGGGCUCUGCCUCUCUUGGUGCACACUUCAGAUCAGCGUGCUGAGAGUUGGAAUGGCACUUUCCAUUCGAGAGUCCCCUCUGCCGGCGUGUACGGCGGGGGGGAGCUCUUGCCUCCAUCCACAAACCUGCCCACGACUCAACUGACUUUUGGGGCCGGCCAGGGCCUAGUCGAAACCAUUGCUGCUUUUAGGAUUUACCACCCCCCAAGAUGUGCUGCACCCUGGACAGCCACGCGAGGAAGGAUCCAGGCAGACGGGAGCGCCGGGGGUGGGGGACUGACGCAUAUGGUGCUUCUCCAGGAAACCGCUGAAUGUCCACCACUCCUCGGAAUGCUCCCUUAGCCAAACUCUCUGGACUUCGCCUCCAGCGCACUGUUAAUGCCUCCGAGACCGGCGCACGGGUGUCUGAUCGAUGCCUUAAAAACCACAGCCGGGGGGUGCGGCGGGGAGAAGGCCACAAAACUGUGUGGAGCAUCCCAAGCCCUCCGGCAUUUCUGUCCUCUGCCGACCCCGUCCCGCUCUCUGUCAAUCCGGAUUUGCCAUCGCUACGGAGGUUCCCCAGCCGCCCAGAUGGAUUUAACGAGCUCACCGGCUCGGGGGCAGUCACCGUCCCACUGUUACAAAUGACUGUGCUGCUGCCCUCUGCACACGUGUCUGUGUCAUCGUGUUAACCCGGCGGCUGGGAACAAUCCAGCCUCCACGUUGCUUCCCUGUUCACAAAGAAGGAUCUAGGUUUGGGCCAGUCUCUUGGUUCCCUAUAACAGUGCGACCCGGCAGGUGGCACAGGCCGCAGGGUCGCCCUGUGUUAUUUAUUUAAUGUGUCUGCCAUUUGUAUUUAUUAUGCUAAUCUUUUAAUUUUAAUUCUUAUUAACAUUAUUUUAAAUUAUUCUGGUGUUCCCUACCCCAUCCCGUUCUCUCCGCCGACGUGGGAAGGGAUGAGAGGAACGAGCCAGCGGCAUUUUUUUAAAUGAUCUUUUGGACAAUGACUAUGGUAAGUGUAAGUGUGCGAGAGAGGCCAUAUGUACAGUGAAACCAGCACAGAAGGGACCAUUUGCAACUAGCAACUCCCUGUCUUAAACUACCACUCUAACGGCUGAAUCAUCUUGUACUGUAAUGCACACGGUUGGCCGGAUAGACCCACCUGUACCAUAGAACCUCCUGAGUGGUGGCUUAAAAUGUGUUUCACUGCAUAUGCCGUGGUCUGUGUGUGGUUUGCAUGAAGACAGGUUAACAGGUGUUCCCCAUGGUGUGUAGGAACGGCUAAACCACUGAUACCUCAAUAGCACUGGGAGGAUGUUCUGUGACUGUUUCUUUCUUUUUCUUUCUCCCCCUGAUUCUCUCUCCUCCCCACUUCAUCAUCCUUUAGAUUCCACUUGUGAAAAUACUCGCUGACUUAUAGCUCUGGAAGUGACUGGAGAUUUUUUGGUGCCCAGGUUGAGAGGCUUUAGAAAGGGCCAGUUUUUUCCCCAGGACGGAUACUUUGCAUGUUAAACAGGCCCAGCUCCAGAGCCUGAAGUUGGACACCCAAACUCCCUGGCUGCUCUCCCCACCCUGUACCCAAGGACAUGUUCUGGGCUUUUCGGGCCGAAAUAGGCUUUGAGAGAUUUGAAAUCUAUUUUCAUUCCUUUCUCCUAUGCCAAGUCCCUGAAGCAGCCAGCCGCAGUUCAGCGGCUGUCGCAUUCCUGUAUGCGGCCGGCGAUGCCCUUUUGACGUCCUGACCCCUCCGAGCCUGCGACUGAAAUGAGCUCCCUGUUAGCACAGCCAGAGCAUCGACCUAUUUUGUGGCCACUGUUUUGGGUUAACUAGGUCACGAGAUGCCGUCUCACCUAAAGUAGUGGUGCAGGGGUGUGUGUGUCUGAGUGUGUGUCUGUGCGCACACCACCUCUUGCUCCCUCCUAGCUGUACCUGUAAGCGACAGCAGGAUUCCCAGUUUCAAGCUAGCUCAUGUCAACCUGCGCCCUCAAGACCCCAUCUGACGCCAGGAUCCUCUUCCAAGGAGGCAGAAGAGAAUCCUAGAGGGGGAGCCCAAGAGGCAAACCCAGAGCUCCAUGGGCAUUUUGGAGCUGCAGACAGAAGUCCUGGGGUUUCUGCUGUGGCCCAUGAGUCGGGCAGAGGGAGUGAGGGCACCGCAGGCCAGUCUCUUCCCCACCCCUGGGUGGGAACCAGCUAGCGCCAGAGGAAGGGAAGUGGAGGGACCAGGAGGACAUUGCUGAGGGAGGGAAGUGGACUUCGGUUAAUCCAGUCGCUGCCGGUUUGAGAGCAAUGGCCCCAUCCCCUCCAGCUGGCGCUAGCAAUACUGCAGCGUGAGGGGGACGCUGCUGCUAAGUACUGUACCCCUCUGAAUUGGGGUGCGGGGGCUUGGAGCUGAGAGGAUAGGCUGGCGGGGCAGGGAGCAGCGCCUCAGGUGUGGAGGGUGCAGUUGCUCUACCCCGGUUGUGAUGCAGUUCAGACCCAGUGGAGUCUUUGCUGUACUUGGAAAAAGCCGUGGGCCCCGGUUGAAAAAGCAGCCUGCAGGGGGUGACAGCACCUGCAGCCGCACGGCGCUGGUGCAGGGUGCCUGCCACCGGCACAAGGAGUGACAGUCCAGGGCUGGAACUUGUGUGUGUGUGAGAGAGAGAUUGGAGUGGGCAGGGGCGCUGUUAACUAUUUGUUUCUCGUCCCAUUUUACGUGGGGGUCUCUGAGUAACACCCAGCAUUGUUAAUAAGACAACGGCCCCGGGAGGUGUUCCCGGCAGGGCAGCGUUGCGGCACGGCAGGCUCCCUGCUGGGUGGCACAAGGCUGAGCGGCAGCAUGGGUUGCCGUGUGUCGCCCAGGGAGCCUGCCCCAAAGUCGGGUGGGGAAGGGGAUUCUCUGGUCCCAUCCUGGUGGAGAGAGACGCUUGGCCCAGCUGAGAGGCGAUUCAUUCACCCCC